AUGCCCGUCACCCGCACCUUCACCCUCGUCGCUUGCGACAGCGAGCGCUUCCAGAUUGACCCAGCGCUACUCAUCAAACACUCUUCCAUCUUUGCCGACAUGCUCUCGACCAUCCACCAGAUCUCGCCUGACACGAAGCAAGAAUGCACGCUGACAGAAGACGCCGAAACCGUCGCUGCGUUUGUCGAGGCGCUGGCUGACAAGCGCGAGCCAGACACAUCAGGCGCCUGGAUUGGAUUGUACGGCAUGGUCGACAAGUACGAUUGUCCCGAGCUGUUGCCGAUGUUGCAGCUUGGCGGGUGGUGGUGCUGCCAAGCGGAUCCGUACCUGGCAUACUCCGCUGGGAUCCUCAUGGGCGACCAGCAACUCGCUUGGGCUGCAAGUCGAUACUGCCGCAAGUACGGUCCUGGUUUCGGCGAGCCUAUCAAGCCUGGUCCGGCUUUCGCGGCUCUUCCGGCUGUUGCUCAGGCACUUCUGCUCGACCACCUUGAGGACAAGGCUGCGAUCGUCUGCCACAUCCUCUCCUGGCACAAGCUUGAUCCAAGCCACCUCUACACAUGCCACAAGCGCGGCUGCGGCGCCUCAAAGCUGUGCCAGUCGCUAACAAGCAAGAUCCUCGCGCUCCAGCCGGACGAUGUCGACCAGCUGCGAGUCUUUUUGGUCGAGACGGAAGCGCAGAAGCAGAUGUGCAAGCACUGCUGGUAUCAUGUUGGGUUGACGGUGGAUAAGGUUGAGGAGAUAUGGAAGAGGGUGCAUGAGAAGCGUUGGCGGAGGUGA